UUUAAAUUAAGGGUUACGUGAGUAGUGAGUAGGAAGUAGAAAGAAAGAGAAGUGACUGUGUAAAGAAAAACGUGGUAAGGUAGGUUAGGGUGAUUUAUUUGAUGAAACGGUUAAGUAGCCAGCAGGUUAGGUGGAAUUCAAUUGAUAGUAGUAGAGUUUGUGAAAUGCAAUGGUUAGAUUAAGCAUACACUCACGCUUCCGUUUCGUCGAAUCCCAAGGCUAAUGAAUCUCCCUCUGCGUUACUUGAUUGUCAUUUUGACCUUCAUCUGCACGUCAGUUUGCUACAUCGAACGAGUUGGUUUUUCCAUCGCCUACACAGUUGCUGCUGACGCCGCCGGAGUGAAUCAAUCGAGCAAAGGUGCAAUACUCUCCACGUUCUAUUACGGAUACGCGUGUUCUCAAGUUCCAGGAGGAUGGGCAGCCCAGAAAAUCGGGGGGAGGAGGGUCCUACUUCUUUCAUUUGUGUUGUGGUCAUUAACUUGCGCGCUACUUCCUCUAGAUCCGAAUCGAGUUAUGGUUUUAGUCAUUGCUCGUUUGCUCGUUGGUGUAGCACAAGGGUUUAUUUUCCCCUCCAUCCACACAGUUCUAGCGCAGUGGGUUCCUCCUCACGAGAGAUCUAGAUCCGUCUCUCUCACCACUUCUGGGAUGUACCUAGGUGCAGCUCUAGGAAUGCUUCUUCUUCCAACUUUAGUCAAGUUUAAGGGUCCUCAAUCUGUGUUCCUUGCCGAGGCAGCAUUGGGCUCUUCGUGGUCUUUACUUUGGUUCAAAUACGCCACUGACCCCAAAUCCACUGCCUCUGGUGUUGGGGAAUCAGUGCUUCCCGUCAAUAAAAAAAUUGACACUCGCAACAAAAAACUAGUGUCAGCCAAAAUCCAAAUCCCCUGGGUGAAGAUCUUAACCAGCUUCCCUGUGUGGGCGAUUGUUGUCAACAAUUUCACCUUUCACUAUGCUUUGUAUGUGCUCAUGAACUGGCUCCCAACCUACUUUGAAUUGGGCCUUCAGCUUAGCCUGCAAGAUAUGGGUUCCUCUAAAAUGAUGCCCUAUCUCAACAUGUUCCUUUUCUCAAACAUUGGCGGUGUUGUCGCCGACUACUUGAUCACCAGCAGAAUAUUAUCUGUCACUAAAACCAGGAAAUUCUUGAACACCCUAGGGUUCUUGGUUGCUUCUCUGGCCUUGGUGGUCAUUCCCAGUUUCAGAACUUCUGGGGGUGCUGUCUUCUGUUCUUCUGUGGCUCUUGGUUUCUUGGCACUUGGCAGAGCUGGGUUCGCAGUGAACCACAUGGAUGUUGCUCCCAGAUAUGCUGGAAUAGUGAUGGGUGUUUCUAAUACCGCCGGUACCUUAGCUGGCAUUGUUGGUGUCGACCUAACUGGGAAGCUUCUGGAAGCUGCCAAGGCUGCGAAUUCUGAUCUUUCAAGUCCAGAAAGCUGGAGAGCGGUGUUUCUUAUUCCUGGAUUUUUAUGCAUUUUUAGUUCUUUUAUAUUCCUCCUAUUUUCAACUGGGGAGAGAAUUUUUGACUGAGGAUCAAAGUAAGUUUUCCUUGAAUGACCUGUAUCUUAUUUGACUACUAGACUGCUGCACAGGAAUAUGAUGUUGCGGACUCUGUUUUGCCAUGUCAGACAUCACUUAAUUACACUGCUCCUGAGCUGAUUAGGAGUACUGUGUCUUCGGCUGGGUGCUCAUCUGAUAGUUUCAGUUCUGGAUGCCUUGCCUACCAUUUGAUUGCUUGCAAGCAUUUGUUUGACUGCCACAACAAUGUGAAGAUGGUAGAUACAAAUCCUUUUUUACUUUUUUCAGAGACUGGUAGUGUUACCUGAAACAAAUAAGCUUGAUACCUGGAAAAGAAACCUAAACCAGCGCAACUUGGGAAAAGAGGUUUAUUGUGGCCCAGAUUAAAUCUAGUUUUACCAUGUACAAGAGUUGAGUGCCCCAACCAGCUUCUGUUACUUACAAUUGGCAACACAAUUGCUAUGUGCUAGUAUUCUGUAUUAUAGGUGUGUCAUUUUCAAUAAGUAAAAGUACUAAAAUACUACUAUAGUACAAUACAUAAUAAAAGUCAAUGCUAACAAUACCGAAAUUAAGUAGCAUUGAUUUUAAAGUUAUCAAUGUUUUCAAAUUUUCUGGAUACGGUUUCUGAUAACAGGCCUGUGAUUAAGCAAGUGUAAAAAAGGAAGUAGUUGGGCUGCAGCUGGAUGGGCCCAUUUAGGGGUUAGUUUUUUAUGUUAUAAAAUGUAAACCAUUUACUUCCUAUAAAGGGGGAAUAAUGGGAUAUUGUUAGGGGACUUUUGAAUAGUUUGAAAAUUGUGAGGAGUGGUCCAAUGUCGAGACCUCUCGAAAUAUCUGAAGUGUAUCAUUCUCAUUGGCAGAUAUUCCCUUUAAUUCAAUAAAGAUUUACUUUCUUUUCUGUUUUGA